GAAGCAACUCAUCUCUCUUCAGGCGUAACCGCUGGGCUUACAAAAGCGAAUGUCAUAGAUGCAAACUUCACAGUAAGGACAUAUUAUGAGACAGCACUGGAAGUCCAGUGGGAAGUAUAUGCAGGUGAAAGAGUACAGUAUUGCUUUGUGAAAAUAAAUCACGGAUCAUCAUCGGAGACAAGAGACUGUUUGCAUACCAAUCAAAAAAUAAACGAAAAUCUCCAAGUGACCUCGACGAAUCUACACACUAGUUUGGAAGACAAUGAUUUAUGGUACAAAGGGGAUUUUGAUGAGACAGAAAAUUUCGUGGACCAAUUUGAAAAUAAAAAGGAAAAUACGACCAUGGUGCUCUACGACAUCACUGGUUUGGAUGCCUGCACGUCAUACGACCUGGAGCUCACCAUAAUUCCUUUGGGAUUUGAUCCGAACGGGUAUUAUUACGAAGGCUCUUUAAAAAGUGAAUACACAUUACCUGAUGAAACUCUGCCUCCGCAGCAACUGUCCUGUAAUAUAAGUCAAGAUGUUUGGACUUUGUCAUGGAAAAACCCAAUGGAUGACCUUCAAUGUAAACCUUUGGAGUUCAGUGUUGCCUGGACGGCCGAGAGUCUUUGGAAUUCAGAAUCAGACAACUCUUCAACUACUGCCAAAGAAACGAAAAUAGAAUUUUACGACUACUUGGCGUACGCUGAUUACUCGUUCACCGUGUCUGCCGUCUACAAUAAUGCCACCAGUGAAGACGCCUAUAUUGACUGCACAUCACCUGAAAGAGAGCCAGGUGCACCUGAGAACGUGACGGUCACUGAAAACGACCAGUCCCCCUUCCUAGUUGAGUGGGACGCACCAGUAGCAGCGAAUGGCAUCAUUACCAAUUACAUCGUAAUCAUUAAUAACAACUCCAGUGAGAACAUUUCAGUUGAAGUAAAUGCCCCUGAUACGUUUUACGAAGCAACAGGACUCGAAACUUGCGUCAGCUACUCCGUCGAAGUGGUGGCGGUUAACGGAGCUGGUAAUGGACCCCCAAGCGAUGUGGUCACGCAUCUUAUCGAGAUAGGAGAGAGUUCGAACUUAAGCUUGGUUUGCAAUGUCAGCUCAUCAGGAAUUUACACUCAGUGGACCCCUAUUUAUCGUGAUUGUGAAGAGUACUCGUAUAAAGUUCAGUACGAUAUAGUUAUUCCCUGGAAAAACGAAAAUUGGAGUAACGAGACUUCAGUGACAGAGAAUUACUUUGACCUUCCCGAGACGGACUUCCUACCAGGGACGGUCUACCAUUUCAUUGUAGCAACCGAAGAUCAGAAUAUCACGGAUGAAUGCCACGUCAAUUCUAGCGACACAAAAAGCAGCGCUCCUGCAAUUACCAGGAUUUCUACCACGGCUUCUUCAGUCUUUGUGGAAUGGACGCCGCCUGAGGAGGCGAACGGUUUGAUACAAAGCUAUACAAUUUUAAUCACUGGAGAUAACAAUCAGACCCUCCAAAAGUCUGCUGAUGGGUCCUUAACACAAGUGAAUAUCACGGAAAAUAUUUUCGCUUGCACGGGCUAUGAGGUGGAGGUGGCCGCAGUCAAUGGGGCCGGUGAAGGAGAGUUUUCCACACCGGAAAGUUUGAGCACUUUAGAGCCAGAAGAAGCGUACAUAAUUCAGUACGACCUUUUCAUUCCCUGGAAAAAUGAGAAUCGGAAAAACGAGACCCUGGUUGAAGAGAACUCCUUUGACUUGCCUUCACAGGACUUCUUCCAUGGGACUUCCUACCAUUUCUUUGUGAAGACAGAAAAUCUGGACUUCAGUGCUGAGUGUUGGGUCGAUUCCAGCGACGCAAAGAGCAGCGCACCUGAAAUCGUCGAACUUUAUGCCACGAUUUUUUUGGUCUUUGUGGAAUGGACGCCGCCUGAGGAAGCGAACGGUUUGAUACAAAGUUAUACAAUUUCACUCACUGGAGACAACAAUCAGACCCUCCAAGAGUCUGCUGAUGGGUCCAAAACACAAGUGAAUAUCACGGAAAAUAUUUUCGCUUGCACGAGCUAUGAGGUGGAGGUGGCCGCAGUCAAUGGGGCCGGUGAAGGAAAUUUUUCUGCCAGUCAAACUGUGACCACUCCAACAAAAGUGGUUACGAACGGUAAAUGCGAAGCAGACUCAUCAACACAAGUUACGGUAUUCUGGGAGUAUUCUGAAGAAUGUGCUGAAGCUGAAUACCUACUUACUUGGGACGGCACAUAUUUAGGAGGAAGUGUGACAACUUUCCAUGACUCAAAAUAUGUUACAGCGUCAGACGGGAGCUCGCAGCUCAAAGAUUUACAGCCCUACACAGAGUAUCUUGUUUGCUUCACAAAUUCCUCCGACUACCUCGUCCCUCAAUGCUUCAGCUGCGCCACGUUUGCAGCAGCACCGACAGAGCCUCAGAACUUCAAGGUUUUUGAGAUAAGCUCCAACUCCAUGAGGCUGUCCUGGGGCCCUCCUGCGUAUUGGAACGGGCCUGAUUCUGUCUAUAGUUUAUCGGUCAACACGAAAGUCUACGACGACGUAUCAGAGGAGUAUGUCCUUGUCGAAGGCAUGAAAAGUGACACGCUGUAUGACUUUUCCGUGAAGGCACUACAGGGAGUCCAGCUGUCAGCGGAGGCUACAUCUACUUGCAUGAAUGCAAGAAACCCUGAACUGACGGUCAAAUGCACUGCCAAAGACACCAACAUCAUCAUUGAUUGGAACGCCAUAUACAGCAACGAUUGUGUUGAGUCAAUCUACUAA